AUGGAUUUCCAGAUCUGGCUUGCAUUCCCAAUGGGAGUAUUGCUGUGCUGUGUUCUUCAGACACUUGCUGUUCAACAACCUGCAUCUCACAACUGCACCAGCGAUGGUCAAAGAAUAUCCUUCAGCCACUCCUACAAGAUUGACCUGCCCACGUCCGCUCAGAUUAAGGUGGAAGCAGAUCCAUUACAGCAUGAAGACAACAGUGGGGUGCAGCUAGAUCCUGGGGAGGCUGAUGAAAAUGAAGAGCAGAAUAUAAUCUUUAGGCACAACAUUCAUGUGCAUGCACCCAAAGGGGAAUGUGAAACCCACAUUAAGGGUCUGCUUGAAAGGAUGGAGAAGCUUGAGAAAGAGGUGGCAGAGCUGAGAGAAGUUUGCAGCCCUCAGAAGUGCUGUGGGGGAAGCCAAGGUGUGUCGCACUGCAGCGGCCAUGGGACUUUCCUCUAUGAGAGUUGCAACUGUAAGUGUGCCGAGGGCUGGGAGGGCAGUGACUGCUCCCGUCCCACCUGCCCCAACCACUGCAACGGCCAUGGGCGCUGCGAUGGUGGGAAGUGUAUCUGUGAUGAGCCUUACUUCGGUGAGGACUGCAGCCAGCAGCUCUGUCCCGAGAACUGCAGCGGCAACGGGAUCUGUGACACAGCCAAAGGGGUCUGCCAGUGCUACAAAGAGUUCAUCGGAGAGGACUGCAGUGAGAAACGAUGUCCCGGGGACUGCAGUGGCAAUGGGUUCUGUGACACAGGAGAGUGCUAUUGCCACAAUGGCUUCUUUGGCGUUGACUGCUCCCAGGUGCUUGCUCCUCAGAACCUGCAGCUGCUGAACUCCACAGAGAACUCUCUGGCUGUCAGCUGGGAUCAAAUGAUUGAUGUGGAUAAUUACCUCAUUAGCUACUAUCCAGUAGGGUAUGAGACAUUGGUGAACAAAGUCCAUGUGCCCAAGGAGCAGGUCAGCUAUGAGAUUGUGGGUCUCCACCCUGGCACCACAUAUAAUGUCACGCUUCAUCAUGUGAAGAAAGGGAUUGCCAGUGAGCCCAAGUAUCUAGAAGCAAGUACAGUCCUGUCUGCACUCAGUGCCGUAUGGGUGACGGAGGAGAUGGAGCACUCCCUGGAAGUGGAGUGGGAGAACCCACCAACAGAUGUGGAUUAUUACAGGCUGAAGUUCAGAUCCCUGGUAGAGAUGGAUGAGAAGCAGGUCGUGGUGCCCAAAAGCAAUGACCCUAAGAGCAGACACAUCAUGACUGGCCUGAAACCUGGCACAGAGUACGAGGUCACCGUCAUACCUGUGAAAGACAAUACAGAGGGGAAACCAUCCUCAGUGAGUGGUAGGACUGGAGUUGAUAGCCCAACCAAUGUGGCAACUGAGCAAGUGAUGGAAGACACAGCCACUGUCUCAUGGAAUAAAGUUGAGGCUCCCAUAGACAGGUACAUGGUGAGAUACACCUCAGCUGAUGGGGACACCAAGGAAAUACAGGUGGGGAGUGAAAAUGAUGUCAUCACCUUACUGGAUCUGAAGCCAGGCAUGGAAUAUGUCAUCCACAUCUGGGCAGAGAAGGGACACCAGCGGAGCAAGAAGGCAAGCACCAGAGCUGUGACAAAAAUUGACAGCCCAGCUCACCUGGUGACUGACCAAGUGACAGAGGACACAGCUACCAUCUCCUGGGACAGGGUCCAGGCUCUCAUAGAUAGGUACAUGGUGAACUAUACCUCUGUUGAUGGUGACACAGAGGAGAUGGAAGUGGGAAAGAACCAGACUACCACGACUCUGACAGGACUGAAACCUGGCAUUGAAUAUGUCAUCUUCCUCUGGGCGGAGAAAGGAACCUGGCAAAGCAAGAGGAUCAGCACUGAGGCAGUGACAGAAAUGGACAGCCCAAAGGAUCUGAUAACUGACCAAGUGACGGAAGACACAGUCACCAUCUCCUGGGAUGGCAUCCAAGCUCCCAUAGAUAGGUAUAUGGUGAGCUACACUUCUGCUGAUGGGGACACCAAGGAAAUAGAAGUGGGGAAGGACAGGAGCGUUACCACCCUGACAGGACUGAAACCAGGCAUGAAGUACACCAUCCAUCUCUGGGCAGAGCUGGGAAGCAAGGAGAGUAAGAGAGUGAGCAUUGACACGCUGACAGAGAUUGAUCCUCCCAAGAACCUCCGUGUAUCAGAUGUGACUCAUUCUACUGGUGUGGUUACCUGGACUCCUUCUGCAGCACACAUUGAUGGCUACGCUCUGACCUACCAGGGUCGAGAUGGCAUAAGCAAGGAAGUACAGCUGAGUCCUAGUGAACAACGGUUUGUGCUGGAAGGACUGGAACAAGGAGUGCGGUAUACCAUCUUUGUGAUGGCCUAUAAGGGAGAUCGCCAGAGCAAAAAGACAGACAGUACCUUUUCAACAGUUAGCUUCCUCUACCCGUAUCCCGCGGACUGCAGCCAGACACAGCAGAAUGGAAAUGCCUCUAGUGGCAUGUACACUAUUUACCUGAACGGGGAUGGCAGCAGGCCGAUACAGGUGUACUGUGACAUGACCACUGAUGGAGGCGGGUGGAUAGUGUUUCAGAGGCGGAGCACUGGUGAACUGGACUUCUACAAACGCUGGAAAGAUUAUGUGGAAGGCUUUGGAGAUCCCACUGGGGAAUUCUGGCUUGGUCUUGACAAGCUGCACAAUCUCACAAGCAGCAGCCCCAUCCACUAUGAGCUCCGGGUGGAUUUGUGGACAGCCAGCGAAUCUGUCUAUGCUGUCUACGACUUCUUCCAGGUUGCAUCAAGCAGGGACAGAUACAGGUUGUCAGUGGGGAAUUACAGAGGCAAUGCUGGGGAUGCAAUGACCUACCACAACGGCUGGAAGUUCACGACGUGGGACAGAGACAAUGAUGUGGCUCUCAGCAACUGUGCUCUGACACACCAUGGCGCGUGGUGGUACAAGAACUGCCACUUGGCCAACCUCAAUGGGAAAUACGGGGAGACCAAGCACAGCGAGGGGGUGAACUGGGAGCCAUGGAAAGGCCAUGAAUUCUCCAUUCCUUUUACCGAGAUGAAGAUCCGUCCUCAGUCUUCCAGCAAUGAGCCAAUCCUUGGGAGGAAGAAGAGGUCUCUAUCAGGGAAGAGGAAGAAGAUCAGGGCUUAA